AUGCUCGCUCGCAAGAAAGUCCUGGGAGACUACCAAGUCGGCAAGACAAUCGGCCAAGGCGCAUUCUCCAAAGUCAAAAUCGGCGUGCACAAAGAAACAGGCCAAAAAGUAGCCAUCAAAAUCAUCGACAAGAAGCAGGUGGCCGCUAAGGCCGAAAAGGCCAAAAAGACGCAGGAGGAUCGAGAGAAGAAGGAUCAGCAGAAACAGCGCCCAUUGGAUCAUCCGAAUGUGAUUCGGCUUUAUCAGGUUAUGGAGACGGAGGAUGAGUGCUUCGUCGUGAUGGAAUACGCGCAAGGUGGCGAAUUGAUCGAGUACAUUGCGGCCCGCGGACACCUCAACGAAAAAGAAGCCCGACGCUAUUUCCGCCAGAUCGUCUCAGCAAUGGACCACUGCCACAUGGCCAACGUCGUGCACCGCGAUCUCAAACUCGAAAAUCUCCUCAUGAACGGCGAGCGGAAUAUCCUUAUCUCCGAUUUCGGCCUAGGGCGAACGUACCGAUCCGAUCAAGAGGAGCUGCUGAAGACGUUCUGUGGGACCCCGAACUAUGCCGCGGUGGAAUUGAUCUCCGGUAUCCCGUACAUAGGCGUCAAGUCCGACAUCUGGGCAAUGGGGGUCGUUCUGUUUGUGAUGAUGACCGGCCGGCCGCCGUUUUCGGGGGAUAGCAUUUCUGCCCUUUACAACAAGAUCAAAGCCGUGGACUACCAGUGUCCCGAGUAUUUCUCGCAGGGGCUGUGCGCUCUGCUGGCUAAGAUCCUCGUCAAAGACCCCAAACAGCGCAUUGAGAUGAGCGCGAUGCGAGAGGAUCCAUGGCUGAACUACGAGGAGAUCGAG